AUGGCGGAACGCUUACGUCUGGAGCAGGCGCAACCGUACCCGUCCCCGAGGGCGGAACCGGACACCAGGUUCCCCGAGGGCACCACACAGCCAGGGACGCGGGCGGUGCCUCCGGGCAAGUCACCGGGCCUGGGACGGGCCCCGCUCCCGACGCUUCCAGGGAACAGGUUACGGGACUCAGAGCGGCCGGACUUCCUCGAGAGACUCAUGUCGCGACUCGAGAGGCAACGCCAACGACCCCGCACCGCACACCAUCACCUGGACUUUUAUAUUCGCGUGGCGGAGAGCAAACAACGUUGCCGUGUAGAGCUCAAGAAAACGCUUGCGGUUUAUUCGUGGCUCGCAUUAAAGCCAGCAGUUUUCUUCCGGCCGCUACAUAACCAACCAUGGGACGAGCCUCGGUGGAGCUUACGGCUCGAUGUGAAACUGAAACGUAUCGUCAAAGUCCGUCUUCUUCCGCUGACGGAGAACUUUUGGGAAGCGAGUAUCGAUAUACCGGUGAGUCGGUGGCAAACCGAUGUCCAGGUGCGCUAUCGACAAGACACUAUGUCGUUUCGUAAGCCGGAACAAGCAUGGCGACUGACGAUUCGAAGAGCACCCUUCCGACUGCGUCUCUUUUUCGGUACUGAUCACCCGUCCUCCAUCGACUAUACGUAUCGGUACGUGGGUCAUGAGAUGAGCGCCACAACAUUCAGAGGCGCCUGGCGAUUUGACGUCAAUCCGCAGUACAUGGCCCAAUACUCGGCCGAGCUGAAGCGACGCUUCUGA